CCGGAAGUUGCUGGGUACGGAUGCUGUACGGGAAAAGCUGUAGGUGUCGCGAGUCUUUUUGGUGUCACAGUUCAGUAGGUUAUCUUUUAAAUUAACCUGUUUUUGAGCUUCCAGAAAGACAAAUUUCGCCACAUGUUAGGAGCUUGAGACUCUUAUGAUAACGAGGCCCCUCUUACACCCACUUAACCGAGUGGAUUGACACUCGAUCCUUGUGUCAUAACAGUAAGCCUUUUCACUGCGCAUGAUUUUAGGUCUGUUCGUUGGGGGACUCCCGGCCCCAGACACCUCCCCCAUUUGGUCUCUGACCCCGCGGAGAGCCCAGCCCAUCGGGUGCGACUAGGAAUGAAGCUUGACAGCACCGAAGAGAAGUCGGGGGUCGGCCGCUCCCUGCCUACAGAGGUGUCUCCCCCGGCCCUCCAACAAGCCUUCUCCAAGAUUCUGCACGGUCUCAGCCGCCAAGAGUCAUCAGGCCAAGGCAACGCAGGAAAUGCCGCUCUAAGAGACCUCGGUGCUUUAAUAGAAGCCACCGAAUGUGACAAAUUAUUUGAGGGGACUGGGGGUGGUGGAUCCCCCCGGGAGAUGCCCGAGAUCCUGGGACAGGUGGCGAAAGCCCUGGAGAAGUUCGCAGCACCCAAGGAGAAGGCAGAUGGAAGCGAAGAGCAUCCCGAAGUGCCUGAGAAGGCAACUGAGGUUGGGUUACUAUUUCUUAAGCUGUUGGGGAAGGUUGAAACAGCUAAGAGUUCUCCCGUCUGCCCUGCAUGGAAGACAGGCCUCCGCCACUUGUCAGGACCCACGUAUAUUUUUGCCAUCACACACAGAUUGAAGCAGCCAUGGACCAGUCCGAAAUCUCAGCAUGUUGCUGGUGAGGUGCUGUCUUUACUGUUUCGUGUUACUGAGUGCAGUUCUGUGGCAGGAUUCCUAUGCGGAGAAAACGAAGAUGAUCGGGGGAGAUUCGCUGUGGUCUUGGGGCUUCUUAAGCCCCACUUGAAUAAGGAAACCUGGAAGAAGAAUCCUGCUGUCAAACAUGUUUUCUCAUGGACUCUCCAACAAGUCUCUCAGCCCUGGCUGAGCCAGCAUCUAGAAAAGAUACUUCCCCCAUCUUUGCUCAUCUCGGAUGAUUAUCAGACGGACAAUAAGGUCCUGGGUGUCCAGUGCCUCCAUCACAUUGUGACCAAUGUGCCAGCCGCUGACCUGCUGCAGUACAACAGAGCCCAAGUCCUGUACCAUGCCCUUUUCAAUCACCUGUACAUGCCGGAGCACCGCCUCAUUCAGGCUGUGCUCCUGUGUCUCUUAGAUUUAUUCCCUGUCCUAGAGAAAGCGCUGCACUGGCAGGGAGAAGCCGCUCGAGCCUCUACACACUGUCACGAGGUGCUACAGCUGGUCCUCACGCACAUGGAGCCAGAGCACCGCCCUCUCCUCCGUAGGACUUACGCCAGGAACCUGCCAGCCUUUGUGAAGAAGUUGGGGAUCCUAACCACCCGGCACUUGAAGAGGCUGGAGCAAGUUAUCCUUGGUUACCUGGAGGUUUAUGAUGAACCGGAAGAUGAAAGCAGGCUGAAGAUACUGGAAACCCUGAAACUUGUCAUGCAGUACACUUGGCCCAGAAUUCCCUGCAGAGUUGUGGUCUUACUGAAGGCUCUCCUGAAACUGGUAUGUGACAUAGCCAGGGACACAAUCCCCACAACCGAGGCUGCUAAGAGUGCGGUGCUCCAGGAAGCCACAGACUGCCUGAUUCUCCUGGACCACUGUUCUCAGGGGCAGGUGAAGGGUCUUCUGGCUAACAUCGCCCUGUCCUGUGAAGACAGCACAGUGGUGAGCUGCAUCAGGAAGGUGCAGGGCUCUGCAGAGGCUCCUGGUGAGGACCCUGGAGAUGACUAACCAGCAGGACAGACUGCUCUUACCCCAUUCAUAUGGACGGACUCAUGGGCAUUUAAAAAAAUCUAUUUUUGUAUUAAAAUAUAAGUUGAAAUUU